CCGAGGUCACUCACUCGCUCUUGUUAUUCGUCCCUUUUCACUCAUACUGCGCAGGCGCGUUGAGGAGGAGCGAAGCUUGUGUUUGCAGGGUGAAAAUGGCCGACGUCGAGAUGGAGGUAGACGGAAAAAGCGUGGAAAGCGGCAAAGAACAGGAAGGAGACGAUGCAGAGAGCUCUGAGAAAAGCGGGAGUGAAGAGAAUGGAGACGUGCCAGAAGAAGAAAAAGCUGAGUCCAAACCCAGCAAACACAAGAAGAAGAAACACAAACAUCGGAGUAAACACAAGAAACACAAACACUCCUCUGAAGAGGAGAAGGACAGAAAGCAUAAGCACAAGCAUAAACAUAAGAAACACAAGCGCAAGGAAACAGCGGAUGCCAAAAAACAAGAUGGCACCCCUUCCAAACCACCCAAGUUUGAUGACAUGGCAGUCUUGGAAGAUCUGGAGAAACAGAGGGCAAUGAUAAAAGCAGAGCUAGAUAAUGAACUGAUGGAAGGGAAGGUUAAGUCAGGAAUGGGUUUGAUAUUACAGGGUUAUAACUCGGGUUCAGAGGAGGAGGGUGAGAUUCAGGACAGGACGAGAAAUGGUGAACGAGGCCCUUCCCAUGCUUUGGCCCUCAAAGGCCAGGGCUCACAGCUUGUUAAGGAUUCCAAAGCUAAAAAAGAGCCUGCAGACAGCAAGUCAAGCUCAAAGAGGAGAAGCAGGAGUAAGUCCAAAGACAGGGCAAAGCAUAAAUCUGAUAAAAAGAAAAAUAAGGGUAGCACCAGUGAAGGAGGGACAAAGGAAAAGACAAAAGCACGGAGCAGAUCAAGAGAAAGGAAACGCUCGAAGAGCCCUGCAAGGAGAAGCCGGUCCAAAGAGCGGACAAAAAAGUCCAAGUCUCCGACAUUCAAGAGGCGUUCUUCACUAGAGCGGACAAAGAAAUCGACAUCCCCAACCACAACCGAAAUAGAAAAGAGCAGAGCAAAGGAAAGGAAGAAGUCACCACCUGUCAAUGAGAGCAAAAGCAAGGAGCGAAGCCGAAAGUCCAAAUCUCCCCCGGCAGAGAGGAGGAGCAAAUCCCGGGAACGGAAAUCCAGGUCCAAGGAGAGGAAGUCUAGGAGGUCAGAGACCGAGAGAGACAAGAAACCAGCUAAGUCUCCUUCAAAGGAUGCCUCUUCAGGAAAGGAAAAUCGGUCCCCUAGCAGGAAACGUGGGCACAGCCCUCCACGCCGCAGCUCCUCCCCAAAAGGGAGAGAGAGGCCGUCCAAGCGCAGCAGGUCGCCCCCUUCUGCUGCUGUUGCAGUAACAGAUAGGAAGUCUCCCUCCCGAAAUACAUCUCCCUCUAAAAGGGCAAGGAGCAGAUCACCUGAUCGGAGGCGGCGAGAAUUAGAUCGACAGAGACCUUCACCAGUCAGAGUGAGACCGCGCGAUGCAAGCCCGCUGCCCCCCAGGAGGCGGCUCAGUAGGUCCCCGUUGAGGAGGCGGUCCCCACGCAGGAGGAGCAGAUCUCCUUUCAGGAGGAGAUCUUUAGAUCGAGACAGAAUGAUGAGGAGAAGCCGAUCCAGACAGAGGCGAAGAUCAAGGUCCAGGGAUAGACGCCGGAGGCGCAGCAGAGAUGAGGACAAGUUUAAAGGCAGCCUUUCUGAAGGGAUGAAAAUUGAUCAGGAAUCUUCCUCUGAUGAAGUCUUGGAAGAUUAUGAUGUAGAUGACGAAGAUGAGGAAGCCCUUAUUGAACAAAGAAGAUUGCAACGACUGGCUAUUGUGCAGAAAUACAAGUCUGUGAAUGAAGACAGCAACAUGUCUGUACCAUCUGAGCCCAGCAGCCCCCAGAGCAGCUCCCGUAGUCGCUCACCCUCACCUGAUGAUAUUUUGGAAAGGGUGGCUGCAGACGUGAAGGAAUAUGAGAGGGAGAAUAUGGACACCUUCGAAGAUAAUUUGAAAGCCAAGCACAACCUGAUUGCAGUUGAAAAAGAUGGUUUGAAUCCAAAAAAGCCCUUGGCUCCAGAUAUGUUUACAGAAUCUGACGACAUGUUUGCAGCAUAUUUUGAUAGCGCAAGAUUUAGAGCUGCUGGCAUUGGCAAGGAUUUCAAGGAAAACCCCAACCUCAGGGACAACUGGACCGAUGCAGAGGGCUACUAUCGUGUGAAUAUUGGAGAGGUUUUGGACAAGCGAUACACCGUCUAUGGCUAUACAGGUCAGGGCGUCUUCAGUAACGUGGUGCGAGCCAGAGAUAUGGCCAGAGCCAGCCAGGAGGUGGCUGUGAAAAUUAUUAGGAACAAUGAGCUCAUGCAGAAGACGGGACUGAAAGAACUGGAGUUCUUAAAGAAACUCAAUGAUGCUGAUCCAGAUGACAAGUUUCAUUGCUUACGGCUUUUCAGGCAUUUCUACCACAAGCAGCAUCUCUGUUUGGUGUUCGAGCCACUCAGCAUGAAUUUGCGUGAGGUUUUGAAGAAGUACGGCAAAGAUGUGGGUCUCCAUAUAAAAGCAGUCCGAUCCUAUAGCCAGCAGCUUUUCCUGGCUCUGAAACUUCUGAAAAGGUGUAAUAUCCUGCAUGCUGAUAUCAAACCUGACAACAUCCUGGUGAAUGAAUCCAAGACAAUUCUUAAAUUGUGUGACUUUGGCUCAGCUUCACAUGUUGCAGACAAUGACAUCACCCCAUACCUUGUUAGUCGAUUCUACAGAGCACCCGAAAUUAUCAUUGGAAAGCCUUACGACUAUGGGUUAGAUAUGUGGUCAGUGGGCUGCACACUUUAUGAACUCUACACAGGAAAGAUCCUGUUUCCCGGCAAAACGAACAACCACAUGCUGAAACUUGCAAUGGACCUUAAGGGCAAAAUGCCAAAUAAGAUGAUUAGAAAAGGCUUGUUCAAGGACCAGCACUUUGAUCAGAAUUUGAACUUCUUGUAUAUCGAAGUAGAUAAAGUCACUGAAAGGGAGAAAGUUACAGUGAUGAGCACCAUUAAUCCUACCAAGGACCUGUUAGCCGACCUGGUGGGAUGUCAACGCCUGCCUGAAGAUCAGCGCAAAAAAGUCAUUCAGGUCAAGGACUUACUUGACCAAAUUCUGAUGCUGGACCCAGCCAAGAGGAUAAGCAUCAAUCAGGCACUGCAGCACCCCUUUAUCCAAGAGAAAAUCUAACCACAUUUACGUAACGGGUUUAAGUAAAAAAUAAAUCAACAAAUAAGUACAAAGACUGAAGGAUUUGCAGAAAGCUUAUUUGUCGUGACAUUUUUUUUCACUCACAUUUUAAUACAGUAUAUUUUAUUUUUCUGAAGUACAAUUAAAGUAGGGAUCCAAGAAUUUAAGGAGACCUGCUAGACAUUCAGUAUCUACUCCACAUAUUGCCAGUUGGGUACCAUCCGAUUUCCCGGCAAGGUUUAUCUUUUUAGGCCUUUCCCACUCAUCUUUGCUGAUGUCACCAAAAGCUGACCUAGAGUUGUAAAAUAUUCUCAAUAAAAAGCUUAAUCUUGGAUCCUUGCAGGUAUACUGUUGCAGAUGAAUGAUUUAAUUACUGUACAUUUGUUUUGUGGAUUGGUCAGAUUUUGAUUAUAUUAAAGUUUAUUGUAGUUGCCAAGGCUGCACAGAAAUAUUAACUUUCUAUGGUUGUACAAUCCAGCUUUUACAUGCCUAUUUGUUUAUACAAUACAAAAAGCUGUUGGUUUGGGUUUUCUUUUUUAUAUAAAUGUAUGUGCAGAGUUGGCAACAUUGCUUUCUGUAAAAUGGCCAGCAUAAAUGCUGUUUAUAUUCACAUCUUCCUAGGUGUAUGUGUGCAGGCCACAGCAGCAUGCCCUUGGUGUAGUUCUGUGCCGAAGGGGGUCUGUUCUACUUGAGCCUGCCAGCAGGGAUGGUCUCCUCUUUUAAAGCAGGUUGUGUACCACUUUCAGUACACUGAAGGUAAGCUUAAACCAUCAACUUCACUGGUGUUUUACACAUUAUUACACUGGCACAGUUUAUACUAAAAAGAGGUCUGGCAUAAAGGCAGAUUGCCCCAUGCAUGAUUCUAAUUGAAACAUCCUUAAGUUUUGUUUGGUUACUGAUUUCAAACCAAGUUUUGUUAUCUGCAGUUUAAUAAAACGAGUAAGUAAAAAAUGGUUUUGGAAGUGGGGAAGACCUUGAUGGACAGCAACGCCUUCAGUGUACUGUUUCUUAUUACUUUAUAAAGUUUAAAAUAUUUACAAAACUUCACAUUUUUUCAAAAAAACAACAAUGUAGUUUAUAUAAAAUCCGUUCUUAAAUGUUUUCUUUUAGUAACUGCAUGUUUAGGGCGAACGGGGAAUAUCUUUGUGUCCGAGGUUUAAUUUCUUUAACUACUUUGAUUUCAUUUAAAUUGUGCACUGUUUUAUUGUAGAAAGCCUCAUUUUUGUAAUUGACAUUGCUUUCGUUAUUUGUGAUCAUGUUGUCUUUCAACACAGGCGUAAACCUUCAAAGCUUGAGCAAAGCAGCUGCUUUUUUAAAGCGGUAAUUGCUUCUUUAUUUUUUGUACAUUUAAACUUUGGGUUUUAGAACAAGAACCUCACCUGUAGAAUGUUGCCUAAUCAAAUUUGUCUUUGCUUAUUGUAAACUCAGUAGGCUUUCCCUGCAUGUAAAGUGGACCAUGCAGAUUACUGUACAUUUUCAAUAUGCAUCAUUUAAACAUCAUAAAAUAAAGUCUUUUGUGGAAAAAACGUGGUUGCAGACAUUUAAGAUAUUUUCUUUGCUGUGGUGAUGCUUGUCCAAUGACUUUGCAAAUAUUUGUUUUUGGUAGGGUUAGAACCUUAAUGUAAUAGCUGUAUUUAGGCCAGCUUUUGUCCCAGCAACUAAAUGUUUAGAAAUGCAGAAAUGGACGGUUCUGUUUAUCUUAAUGUGGCAGAUGCUUUUUAUUUUUCAUGAAUGGUAGGUUGUAAGCAAUCAUAUAAAUGGUGACAUAUCCCAUUGUGUUUUUGUUUUUUUUCAUUAUAAACUAACUCAUAUUUGUGAUGUUUUCUCACUUUUCCCUUGGAUGGUGCUGAGAUUGAAAUCAAGUUAUGCUACUAUGUCUGGAGGCACAGUCUACGUCAUCCACUCCGUGGUUCUGCUUUGAAUGAGACAAGACCUUCACCUACUUAACAAGGUCAUUUCUGAUGGCAUGUGUAGAUAAACAUGUGGCAGCAAAUGAGUAGUACUAACAUUACCAAUGUGAUAAAUCUGUAUAAGUAAAUGUGAAAGUCAAUAUCUUCAGCCUUUUCUUUCACCUAGAGUGGUAUAUGAUCCUGGAAGAGGAGGCUCCCAACAAGUUUUGUGUAUUCUAGGAAUAUAAAUACUUAUUUUUCCUUUCUGAGAUGCUGGGAUUUUACAGCAAAAGCCAAGGUCAUCAAGGGGGGAAAAUGAUUAUUUUGCUGUCAGAUUUUACCACCAAGAUGUCUGAGUGGACCUUUUGUUUAUCUAAUCCUUUCCCUCCUUAGGAACAUUAAGUAAGAGAGGGGGGGAGGGGGGAGGAACGGUUAUUUCUGGCUGGAACAGAAAUUAAUUUCUGCUAUACACUACAACCUUAGUUGUGCAAUAUGUAGAAAGAUAAGGGUUUAGUCCUGGUUGGAACACACAAAUCCAUGUCAGUUAUACGGUGCUGUUUUAAAAUGUUUACAUGUAAAUUAUGGUAUUUAUUAAUCUAGUAGAUGAUUUCAAAUGGCAUAUAGAAGUUGUUAAAGAGAGCAUUGGAGUACUUUUGUUAAUUUCACAUUUUAGAGGCAUAUACUUGCAUAUAUACACACCAAUCUAUCGAUUUUGAUCACUCUAUCUAUAUCUAUAGAUAUAUCUAUAGAUAUAGAUAGAUAGAUAGAUGUGUGUGUAACUGGGUUACGGGCUAGUUAUACAGAAGUAGUGGUACAUUGCAAUGCAAUCAGUAGUACAUUGUUGCCUGAAUAGUUUGGUAACAAAAUGCAGGGUAAAAUUGACAGUUUUGGUCCACAUAUUUGACAAAAGAUGCAUCAAGAUGCUUGUUCAUGUGCUUUUUGUAUCGUAGGUGCAGUCCAACAGACGACGACAAGAAAACUCAAGACCUGAACAAAGGUUUCUGUCCUAAAAAGAGCGGUUUUCUGUUUUUAUUUAAAGCACUUCUCCCUUUGACAGUAUUGUACACUGUUGCUUUAAUUCAGCAAUUUAACAUUUGGUGUUAAGUAGCUACCCCAUUAACUAAUUUUGUUUCAUGAAGCUGAAUGAAACCUGCUGAAUUGUGUUCACAUAUUGAAUUAAAUACCACUUUGUAGUUUUCCCAUAUACUUCACAAAAAAACUGGAAAAUGGAAAAAUUUCAAAAUCUAACAUGAAAUACUAUACUCCUAUUAUUAUGGCUUCCGGUCGACUUGCGAUAGCAUUUUGUAGUUUCUUUGAUUACAUUAUAUCUAUCUAUCGAUAGAUCAAUUGAUCAAUCUCAAGCCUAAAAUUCUAGGUGAUACAAUUUGGCCAUAGCUGUACUUCCCAAUGAUCCUUUAAAAAGCAGGCCAUUCUGUUAGAAGUUUAGAAUGUUUGUUUAACAGCAAUGAAUUGUAUUUCUUAAUUUUUUUUUUUUUUUCUACCUCAUAUGUAGGGUAAGUGGCACGUGAAAGCGGUAGCAGUCUUCAUGAACCAGUUACGGCUUUAGGCAAGGCUCUUUGCACAUCCAGAGACCAAAAAUCAAUUUGUUGUUUUAAUAACCUACAAAAUAUGUGAUAACAUUUUUGGAAUGCAUUAUUUGAAUUUAUAACAUACUCCAAGUGUGAUAUUUUUUUUACUGCAUUUAUAAACCUGUUUCUGAAAUAAAAUGUAUUGUAACAUGA